CUCAAGGCCAACCGCCCAUGACUAUUUUCCGUUACGGGUCGUUGGACGCCGGCCCAACAGACACGCUCGAAAUUGAAUGAUUUCCGAGAUGGAAGAAAGAAUGACUACAGCGAAGUCAAUUAUGUCCAUGCUGAUUAGUUCGAGAUGCAGGUUACCGUUAGUCUACAUGUCUUUGCGAGCAGUGAAGAUCUGGACGAACUUGAAAGUAUAAGAGGCAAUUUGCCCACUUGAAAAGCAUAAGAGUUUUGUUCACUCGCUCGACAUCAUCUAUUCACCUGUCUGUCAUUUCGCACACUCACAUUCUUCCAAAUCCCUCAAAAUUUCCCCAUCCUUAACAGAUACAAAAGCACGAAUCAUCUCAGAGCGACCAGCAUGUCAUAUCACGAGCUCUUGAACGUUAUCGAGCCUGUUGAAUCUGGAUUGUUCAAUUCGCUCAUUGAAUCUCUCAACUCCUUACCGAAUUCCAACACCGAAAAGUGGUGGGAAACGUUGGCCGGAAAAGUGGCUGAUUGCCAGACCGGGUGGAACAAGUGUUAUGCGUUCCUCACUCAGACUGUCACCGAGCUUUGUACUGCUCUGGAAGCACUGUCUCGCUGGACUAAUAAACUCACCCAAGCCUCUGGGUCUCUGGCCGAAGGUAGAGAUGUGGAGAUCAUAGAUGAAGACCAGAUCUCCACGACAGUCACCAAGACGAUCAAAGACGCCCGGGACCUCAUAAAAGGCGAGGAGGCAAAGACACAGAAGCAACUGGAGGAAGUCGAGAGCCGCACCACCGCCGCUGUAGUAGAGGAGAUGCACAGUGCUUUCUAUCUGGAUGUCCUUGGGGCCGAUCUCGGAAUCACCCAUCCCGAAGCCUUGAAGAGAUAUUUGCGAACCCUUCUCCCGCGAUCUAUCAGUCUAGCUGUGAAGGCCGCGGAGAAAGAUCGCUCCGCCCCGAGAGUCCGCCAGCAGGAUCUGGUAGGGUCUCAUGGAACGACUACUUCCAGUUUGACGCAGGACUCGGCUUCGACUUCGGCCCUCUUUGGCGGACAGGCGGCGCCGCGGAACUAG